CAUGACGUCAUUAAUGUGCGUCGCAUGUUUACAGUUAUAAAUGAACUCCUGAUUACAAUUUAUUUUAAAGCUUUAUGAUAGUCUGUCAUUUUAUGUUAAAGCGCGCUGGUAAAAGUGGAAAAUACGGACUAAAGAGAGGACGCUUAUUAUCGGAGAUAUUGCAUUGUUUGACUUUGUUUCUGAUCAUUUCUUGGCAGAUAUGUUUAAGCCUUAUUCGAGGAUGUGAAACUAAAAGUUGUUGGGGUUAAAAAGUUACUUGGGGAACCAUUUAUCUCAAGGUUUCACUCCGGUUUAAUGUGGUAGGUAAAAGCUGUAUCUGAAUGAGAAAGGACGAGCAUGGAUAAAGAAGAAGAUUUGGAGAUACUUGGUGAAGAGCUGUACUCUCUGAUCUACCCCAAACACAGGGAGGAUGCUGCAAAACUCACAGGUAUGUUGCUCGAGCUUCCAGCUGCUGUUUUGAGCCAGAUGCUGCAGGAUGAGGCCAUGCUGACUGCAGCUGUGGAGAAAGCUCUCAGAGCUCUGCAGUUGGCACCGAAGGCCAGUGAGGUGGCGCAGAAAGAUGAGGAUGACGUGUCCCAGUCUUCCGACUCUCUCGGGGAGCAGCUGUUUGAGUUAGUGGAUGUUUACAACACUGGUCACUCACAGAAAGUCACAGCCUUGUGCACAGGAAUGCUUUUGGAGCAGCACAGAGACGUGGUUUUACAGCUCUUGUCAGAUCCCAAACUGCUGGAGGAACACGUGAAUCUUGCCCUGAAGACGCUGAAAGAGCAGAACAUAGAGGAGACGGACCAUGCUUCAGAGGCUGACGAGACAGACAGGCUGGGAGAGAAGCUCUUCUCAUUGGUCGAGCAGAUGGAUUCACUGCAUGCGAAUGACAUCACAGGUAUGCUCCUGGAGAUGGACGCCGCUUCUCUCCAACAGCUGCUCAGUGACCACACAAAGCUGCAGGUUGCAGUUCAGAAAGCACAGGCAGUGCUGGAUACUGAGAGCUAAAAUGGAUUUGAUAAACCCAGAUUAUGAAGACUUUGUAAUUUUAGCCUAAAAUGUGAACUGGGUAUGAACGCAGGAUGACUGAGGAGUCUGAAAGACGUCAUUCUGCUGAAUGAAGGCUCGUUUCUGUUAGCAGUGUCGGCAUGUAAACAAAACAAAUCUGUUCUGCUUCACUUUGGUGCCGAAUCUUUACGGUUUUUCUUGAUAAAAUUGUUUACAUGAAUGCAUAAGAAUGAAUUUUCUUCUGUAGAGAUCUCACAGAAAUUUGGAUUAAGAUGCUGCUUUUCGUUUUGCAUUAUUGUAAAAAAAAAA